UCCGCGAGAUCCGUGUGUUGCGGAAAAUACCUUUUUGGGCGUCCGACCACAUGUGUGAAUAGUGAACAAAAUAUGGUUCUUUAGUUAUUUCCAGCUCGAAAAGGUCGUUUUCGGUAGUAUUUGUAUACGUAAUCGAUCGCCACGGUGCGUCCGGACCGUCGGGUGUGCGUAAAAAGUUGGAACGAGACGACGGAAGUGAAUUUUUUCGAUGUAAAUACGGUCGAUCCAGGGUCAAUCUGGUGUGAAUUUUGUACCGUGCGCAUAUUUGUAUCUAUUAUAGUUUCGUGAAACUAGUCUAGAUAUUACAUUGUCGAGUACAGUUUGACCUCUGUGUGUGGUAAAAAGUGAAUUUCGUGGGAUCAUCCCGCACCAUGCCGUCUUGCUAAGAGGCAUGGCCGCGCUCUCGUGAUCCUAUGUCGGCGCGGAGCGCGCGCCCGGGGUUACAUAACGUGGAGAGCGGUAUGGCCGCGAGAGUAUCGGAGGGCGCGGGGCCCUCGUACGCGUCGGUGCUGAACUUCCGAGGGGGUGACAGCAACAAGGAAAACAUCGAAAACAUAGAGUCCUCCGAGGAGGUGGCCGAUGUCCCUCCGCGGCAAGACGACGAGGAGGAGGAGGGCUUCGUGCCUGUCAUAUCCCACACGCGGCGCCCGGCUAAAAGCCGUCGCGACCGCGAGCGCAGGGCUGCCCCACGUCCUCAAAAGACCCCUCAAUCCCACUCAGAGCCUCAGACGACCACAGAACAGCAGCAAGCCGACGAUCAGCCGAAGAAGUUUGUUGAGGCACCAAUACCAAAAGUCAACCCUUGGCAGGUCCGAGGAGGAAGCACCGGGGUGCCGCCCCCUGCACCCCCAGCGAUGAUGGAGCUGGAGAAGCGGUCACCUUUGCAGCCCCAACAGCAAGGCAGGGCCAUGUUACCACCAGUUCCAGAGCCCGUGCCACCGCCACCAGCCCCUAAGCCAGUUGUCGUGAAGCCGCCAAAGAAUGUCAAGAUCAAUCCGAAGGGUUCAGAUUUCACGGACACUGGGGACUGGCCCACGCUUGGCGCCGCGGUCGCCGGGGCGAGGUGUCACUCAACGCCGCCUCCACACGACGAUCCCACCCAUCAUAACGGCAAUGCUGACCAAGAGCGGCAACCGCUUGAGGAGCAGCCUCCGAGGGUGGAGAAGGUGGAGGUGAUGCAAAAUCAUCAGAUCCACAAUGACAAGCACGCCCUCUACGACAAGAACAAAAUGGCAGCUGGCAAAGGUGGCAACAAAUCGGGCAAACACAAGUGGGUGCCUCUCGACAUAGACGUCAAAGCCGCCCGACCUCCCAAGCAUGGACCGCAGCAUCCACCAAGACAGGAUCACGACACAGUGUCCCUGAACGGGGAGGACUACCGCGGGAGGGGAGGCGCGCGCGGGAGGGGCGCGGUGCGGGCGCGGGGUGCACGUCGCACCACCACCCGGGCUGCCUCCCUGCACCCACACCCGCACCCCCUGUAUCACCACCCGGAGCUCGCACACCACGACAUGCCGCAGCUGCGUGUGGCUCAGCCGGCGCUGCCGCAGGUGGUACUCCGUUACGGGCUGGGAGCGCUGCCCCUCGCGCCGCCGCUUGCGCAGGCCUUCUACUACGGCGCCGCGGCUGCCACCGGAGCACCCUACGGCGUGGGGCUCGACCAAGCUACAUUGAAGGAUCUCAUCAAGAAGCAGAUCGAGUACUACUUCAGCCCGGACAACCUGGCGCGCGACUUCUUCCUGCGCCGCAAGAUGUCCGCCGACGGCACCAUACCCGUGACGCUGAUCGCGUCGUUCCACCGCGUGCGCGCGCUCACGCCGGACGUGCAACUGGUGCUAGACGCCAUCCGGGACUCGGACCGCCUGCAGCUCAUCAGCGGCUUCAAGGUCCGUACAGCCUUCGAACCGACGAAAUGGCCGAUACUGGACAUAAGCAACACAGAAAACCCGGGAAUCAACUCCCACGAACCCGGACCGGACAGAAAACCGGACCAGAACACAAACAGGAACCCAGACGCGAAACCGGCUGAAGAGAAAAACGAUGAGAAAGUGGGAGACGGUGGGACAGAGAAGGAACAGGAGAGGAUAGAAGAGAGUAUAGAUAAAGAAGUGAGUGAAGAGAAGAAAGUGGUCGAGCAGGAGAACAGUUUGGAAAAUGAGGUCAAACCAAUCCCAGAAGCGAAAUCGAAAUCAAUACAAGAAACAGAAGUUAAAACAGAGGAGCAACCCAAAGUGGAAGACACAAAAGCCAUCGAUGAGGCUCCUCCACAGAUGCCUCAAGAAGUAAAAUUGGCAGCAGAGGUUGACGCUCCUACGAAUGUCAAAGAAGAAGAGAAAAAAGCAGAAAACGAGAGUGCGGAAGUUCGUGAUGUGGUGGAGAGAACGGAAGAAGUUGAGAAGGUGCAAGAAUCGAGUGAGGAUCCACCGCUACAGCCAGAUGUUACGGACAGACCUGGAGAAAAACGCCGUAAGAAGCAGAUGGUUGGCAUAUUCCCCCUAGCAACGAUGGGGGGUCCAUUGGUGGCGCCAGUGUCAAGUCUUCUAAGGGCGGUACCACCACCACCUCUGCCCAGAAUGUUUCGUACCGGACGCGGAGGCGCGUCGCCACUGAUGCCGCACGACCACCUCAAUCCCGACGUACCGGAAUUCGUACCCCAGGCGAGGAGAAUUGAGGAACCAAAUGUUGGCAAAACUGGUCGACGUGAAGACGGUCGGUCGAAUAGAAGUCCCACAUUAGACAAGGGCGAUCCAGAUGUAUGGACAGAGGUGAAACGUCGCACUAAAGCGGGCUCCCGGGAACGCGGUGUCCCCGUCCAGAACCCCAGGGAUGAAGUGGAAGAGCCCCGGGAGGAGUUGCACUUUCAGUUAGACGAGGAGUUGGAACUGCCACCUCCGAGGAAUAACACAUUCACUGAUGCAUGGUCUGAUGAAGAGUCCGAUCUGGAGUUCACGGAUCGCGACGUCGGGCGCCUCUUGAUAGUGACGCAGACGGCUACCAGGCAACCAAAGCAUGAUGGCCACGAUCGUCAAGGCGACUGGGCAACCAGGACAAAAAUUACCCAGGAUUUGGAGCAGGUGAUAACAGAUGGACUCAGGCGCUAUGAGGAAGAUUUGUGGAACGAAGGUUCUUCGUCGCACAGCAGUACACCGCAAUACCGUACCGUGUCUGUCAUAAGUCGGGAGCAGUUCGAAGCAGCUGCGCCCCCGGAACGGUACCAGAAUCCCACGGAACCACCUCCGCCGCCGCCCAGGCCGCAACUCCAAAUGGAACAACAGCAAGAGGCCGGCGGUAAAGCGAAACGGCCGCGACGCACGGCGUGCUUCUACGCUGCGAAUAAGGACCCCCAUGCCACAGACGUCAUAAGCAGCAGAAAACACAAGACCCGUCACAGUCUGAACCCACCGGUGGAGCAUCACGUGGGAUGGAUAAUGGAUGUACGUGAGCACAGACGACAGCACCGCGACAGUGCUGGGUCGUCACUUGGCACGUCACCAACGCUGGGCUCAUCUUGUGGGUCGGUGCCGCAGUCGUUGCCAGUGUUCCACCACCCCAGCCACGGUCUGCUGAGAGAAAACCACUUCACUCAGCAGGCGUACCACAAAUACUACUCGCGGUGUCUGAAAGAGCGUAAGAAGCUGGGCAUCGGCCAGUCACAGGAGAUGAACACUCUGUUCAGAUUCUGGUCUUUCUUCCUGCGGGAUCACUUCAACAGGAAUAUGUACAACGAAUUUAGAACGCUCGCAAACGAGGACGCCGCGGCUGGAUUCCGCUACGGGCUCGAAUGCCUGUUCCGCUUCUACUCUUACGGACUCGAGCGGAAAUUCCGGCCGGAACUGUACCAGCACUUCCAGGCCGAAACGCUCGCCGACUAUGAAAAGGGUCAGCUGUACGGCAUCGAGAAGUUCUGGGCGUUCCUCAAGUACUACAAGCACGCUGCGGCGUUGCAGGUGGAGCCCAAGUUGCAGGCGCAUUUAGCUAAGUUCAAGAGUAUUGAAGACUUUAGGGUUCUGGAGCCCCAGCUGAACGAGCUGCUGGCAUCACAGGGCCCAUCUGGCCCGGGCCGCGGGCCUCACGCCCGUCCCUACGACAGGCAUCGAUCAGUCUCCGAGAGUGAGAGGACUCAGCAGACAUACAGGAACAAUUUCACUCGACCAAGCGGCAACUCCGGUAACCCGUCCAACAAUCGCGGGCGGGCGGGAUCUUGCGGCGCGCAGAGUGUCAUAGCCAACUCGCGACCGAGACCGAAGCAACAGAAAACGAAACCAGAGGCCGCCCCGACUGAGAUGGCGACGCAGGUCGCAACCAAAACGCAGUAGACGCGAACUCAAACAAUAAAAAAACAUACAAACGAACACUGUAAAUAUAUAAAAACAAACAGUCUCUGUGCAUGUGGUUACUUACUUAAAAAAAAAACGUGAAAAGAAAAAAAAGUGCAUUUUAUAUAUAAUUAUUACUAUUAUAUAAAUAUAAAUAAAAUAAUACAUACGCCGUAAAUGAAACAAAGAAGGAAAACUUUUAAAAUUAUUAACUAUAGUGAAGUGUGGUGCGGUGGUUUUUAAGUGUGUGAUAUAAUCCUCGUGUGACCUGUUCCGUGACCGGUUUCUUAUGGUGACCGGUCGGUGACUGGUUGGUGACCGGUUGGUGACCGGUCGACGACCGGUGGCUGUGUGGCUGUGACUGGUUACGUUGGGAGUGCGGCCGCCCGGAUUGCAGGCUUUGUUUUAAUGUGGAGCCUAGCUUGUACGCGUCGACAAUAAGCAAAAAACAAUGCUAUGCGGUUGUAAGUCUUCACGAUCGAUUUAGCCUAAGCCUAUAUAUAUAUUUAUAUAUAUAUAUGUAAUAUCAAUACUACUAUGUUAUAUUAUGUAUAUUAUAUAAUACUUCUACUACACAACUAUGUAUAUGUAUAUCAAUAUAUAUUUUUGACAUGUAAAAUAAAUACAUCAUAAAACUGUUAACUCUUAAAUAAAUAGUGACCUAUCUUAGGCUAUACUGUAUUAAUAAAAUUGUACCCGAGCAACAAGUGUCAGUUUUAAGUUUACUUCACUUCGCUGGAUUCUGCUUUGAAAUUUAAUUUUGAGUCAGCGUCUAAAGUAAGGCCAAUGUAAUAAGAUAAUUAAUAUGCUACGUGUAAGAUAAAAGGAUGUUUUCUCUUGCAUACAUAAAAGCCAAACUUGUCUACAUCUCCGCUAAUAUUAUAAAUACGUAAGAGUCUGUUUGUUUUAAGAUAGAUAUCUUGAUACUUGGAGAUAUCGGGCAUAGAAUACUUAGAGAUACUUUUGCAUAUGGAUAGCUUACAUCCUUGAGGCGUAUAUAGGAUAACGUGUAUCCUUUUAACGGAUCCCAAAUAAUUCAAAGUAGCCUUCGUUACAAAUGCACGUCUUCACAGAAAAACAACAGCAUUCUGGAUGCAUAGGUAGAUUUCAAUCUUUCUAUUUUGGAAAAGCGUAAGGUUUCAACAUAAAAAUAACAAUUGCGAACGUAGAAGCUAGUAAAACAACCGUCAUGAUGCAAAAAUUCAUUCAUCUUAAAAGUCCGUUAGAUGGCGCUGUUUACCGAACAAAAUAUUGACGUUUCACGCUAAAUCCAGCGAAGGAAUUUCUAUUCGAAACGUGGCACUCGGGGCUUGU